CUCAAGAAUAAUGCCUUCAUUGUCCUAGCUCUCAAAUAGAUGGGAAUUAUGUUUUUAAGGGACUAUUUCUUCAGUAGAAAGGCAGUGAAGUUUUCAGAGUAAGCUGGAACUUAAUUCUUAUUUUUUGGAUAAUAACAAACCAAAUUUCAAUCCUGUUCAUUUCAAUUGGCAAUCAUCUCAGACAACUCUCAAAACAGUGUCCUUUAAAAGUAAAAAAUUGCAUAGUUGACACAACUAACAAAGGGGGACAAACAUGUUACUAUCACAAAGAUGUCACCACAAACCUGCAGAAGUCUCUGCCACAGCUCUUCCAUAACAGACUGUUCUCCCUGUGUGAGAACUCUGUAUCCUCUGUAUACCAUGUGAUGUGGACACAAACACAUAUGCGAGGGUGUGUGUUUGCAUCAGUCACAUGUAGACGGACAGUGUGACACAGCCCUCACACACACACACCAGGCCUAUUGUCAGAGUAUCCGUCUGAUGCUGAUGUCACGGCCCCGUGCCAGGAGGGAAGAGGACGGAGCACGGAGCGUUUCAGAGCGGACCGAGUUAGCAACAUCGAGAGACAACACGACAACAUCAACAUGUUUGUCAACACGGUGAGAUUUGCUCUGGGUGUUGUUGGUGUCUUUGGAUGGUCUCUGAUGCUCCCGUCUGCCACCCAAGUGGGUCUGAGCGACAAGGUCCUGGUGUUCCCCUAUGAGACCGACUUCAGCUUCGUGGCCCUGAUCCCGCAGAAGGAGAUGGGGCUGAGGGCCUUCACUCUCUGCAUGCGCGUGGCCACCGAGCUGCCUGAAGACCGGCAGAUCAUCCUGUUCGCCUACCGCACCGCCGACUACGACGAGCUGAACGUGUGGCGUGAGAGGGACGGGCGCGUCUCCUUUUAUAUGAGCGGCGACGGCAUCUUCUUCCACCUGCCGCCCAUCACCACCUUCCGCACCAGCCUCUGCCUCACCUGGGAGUCUCGCACCGGCCUCUCUGCUUUCUGGGUGGAUGGGAAACGCAGCACCUACCAGGUCUACAAACCUGGGCACACCAUACGUCCAAAAGGCACCGUCCUCCUGGGGCAGGACCCAGACAAACACCUGGGGGGUCUGGAGGCCGUGCAGAGCUUCGUGGGCGAGAUGACGGAUCUGAACAUGUGGGACUUUGUGCUCUCCAGGAGCAUGAUCCAGGCCUGGCACUACGGACACAAGGUCCCAAAGGGUAACGUGUUUGACUGGGGCGCGAUGGAGUACGAGCUGAACGGGAACGUGAUGGUGGUGGAUGAUGACUGACUCGAGGUGGGGUCAGGUGCAGAGAGGGAAGAGGCUUUAGAGAUCUGUGUCGGUCUGAUACUGAUGUGUGGUUUUCUUAGAUUCAGUGCUGUUUCAUGUUAGAGCACUUUAACUGAGCAUCCAAAAUACAGCAUCUCUCAGUUUAACUUGACAUUAAGGAACUGUUGAUCAUUAAUGCUUUAUUUAGGCAUACCGCACAAAAGACCAGGAGCCCAAAGUGUCAUAAAAAAGGCUCAAAAUAAUUGCAAAGAUACAUUAUAACAACCACAGAGGGAGUGUAUAAACCGCUGCAAAGAGACACAGGCGACCAGGCAAGGGGACGAAGGGCAAAACAAACCACAGAGACACAAAACGACAAAAACCUGUCAAAAAGAGACAAAAAACUACAAAAAAGGGCCAAAGAACUACAAAUAGAUAUACAGUUACUACACACUAACAAAAGAACUAAAAAGUAACACAAAAGAACCAAACACAGAAGCAAAAAAUAGUACAAAUGGACACAAAAUGACGUGCCACUAAACAACCAACAACACAGACACAAAACAACAACAAGUAUAACUGCUGUGUGUCUGGCUGCUCUGUAGGACGGGUGGUGGGGCCUUUUUAAUGUCUGUGCUCAGGGGCCCAUUUGUUCAUAAUCCUCCAUCUUUUUUUUUCUUUCUUUUAGUCUCCUUUGUGUCUCCAAGCUUCAUCCUUUGAAAUAGCCACCGCUAAAUAUUGGAGCUUUAAAUGUUGACGUGCCAGAUGCAUCCAUAGGGUGGCACUGUACUAGUUCACAUCAAACAGAAACGUGUGUCAUGUGAAGCAUUUUCAUCUAUCAGCGAAUGUGAUUUAGUUAUGAACUGGAGUCAUUACGAGCCCACCGAUAACUGGUUACGAUCUGCUGCUAUAAUGUAUUUAGAAGAUGUUUUUUUUGGCCUUUAAUGCAUUUUAUCUGGAAAAUAAAAAACUGUAAGGAUGUGUUUUUCUGUCAGAAUUGCAAAUACGGUAUUUCAUAAACCCCCCCCCCAAAAAAAGCCUGCUCUCAUCCAUUCAGACGACAACUUUUUUAUCCAAUGAUAUUAUAUUGAUAGAAAUAUUAAAACAGCAAACUGUGAGAUGCAUUAUUCCUACUGUGGAAUGAUUUACUGCACUCGCAGACAAAUGGCAAUUAUCAUGUUUAAUAUCCACCGCCGUAAUGCUGCCUUCGGUUAGCGUGUACUCACUCAUGAAUCUCACAUGUUUCCCUGAUGUAAGAACGCUUUUGGGUCUGAAAUAAAAUCUUGCCAUGUGCAUAACUAAUAAUGUUUGUAAUUAAAGGGAAUAUUUCGUCUUUGA